AAUAAAGGUUAACGCUCCCUGUGCGCGUGCCGUUUUCCUGCCGGUUUUACGGUAGCGCGCCGAGGCAACGCGGAAGGAGGCUGCGCUGCUCUGCUGCUUAAUGCUGCGUGGAUAUUAUCGCUCCCUGCUAUGUCUUAUCGCAACGUUUCCAGAGAGGCUCUGGUUGGAUCUCUCGCACUCGGGGUUGUUUUUGUGGCAGGAUAUGUCUUCGGAAAGAAGAAAUCUUUCAGAAUGAGCAUCUCCAAAAGUCAUAGCAGGGGGAAGGAAGACCCACUGAUGCAGUAUGUACUCAAUCAUUCACUGAGGGAGCAUCCGGUUCUGAAAAACCUCCGUCUGAGGACGAUGCAGGACACCUGGAACAUCAUGAUGGUUGCCUGUGAGCAGGCGCAGUUCAUGGCCAAUCUGGCAAAACUAAUUAAAGCCAAGAAGGCACUGGAAAUUGGUGUGUACACAGGUUACAACACGCUGAGUAUGGCGCUGGCUUUGCCCGAAGACGGAGUGAUUGUAGCAUGUGACAUCAGUGAAGAGUACACCAACAUCGGUAAACCUUUCUGGAAGGAGGCUGGAGUUGAGCACAAAAUAGACCUGCGCAUUCAACCAGCCAUAAACACUCUGGAUGAUCUUCUUUCCUCCGGUCAGGCUGAAACAUUUGACUUUAUCUUCAUUGAUGCAGACAAAGUUAACUACGACAAUUACUAUGAAAAAUCUCUGCUCCUGUUAAGGAAAGGAGGCAUCAUCGCUAUCGACAAUGUGCUGUGGGGCGGGAGGGUGCUGAAUCCCUCUCCCAACGAUGCCGACACUGUUGCCAUCGACAAGCUGAACAAAAAGCUGCACAGAGAUAUCCGGGUCACUUUGAGCAUGCUGACGGUGGGAGACGGGCUGACGCUGGCAGUCAAACUUUAAGCUUUGGUCAAUAUUUAUGAAAACAUAACCUAAGUGUAACAUCAGAGCAUUUUUUUUUUAAUAAGCCGUCAUGUAUAGAAGAUAUGAGGUGGAAGUUAUACAUUUUAGAUUUUCCUCGGUAUCAGGUGUAGUUACUGCCUAAAAACAAUAUUUUCACAUAAGUUUUAAGACCUAAAAACUGUUGAGUUUCUUUUACUGCCUCCGGAUGAACUUGACAUGUGAUACAUUUCUUCUUCAUUACACCAAGUUGCCUAAAUAUGUAUUGUAAUAAAAACUUAAUGAGAAAAUGGGUGGAUUUCAGGACUUUAUUUUGAAGGUAGACACACGCCAACAUACAGACCGCUCUUGCAUAAUUAGUGUUGCAGCCUCUAAACUGGGAAAGAAGUGGUUUCAUUCCGUUUCCUGUCAUUUAUUUCAAUGUAUUCAGCACUGUCGAG